CCGCCGCCGCCGCCCGCCGCCGUCUCCCCCGCGCCGCCGCCGCGCCUCCAAGAUGCCCGGGCAGCGGCGGGGAGGCUGCUGCAGCCCGCUGGUACCACACCACCUUCCCUGGCUUUUGAUGCUGGAUGAGGAUCGUUUUAACUAAAGAUGGAAACACUGGAGUCGGAACUGACUUGUCCAAUCUGCCUGGAGUUAUUCGAAGACCCUCUCUUGCUGCCGUGCGCCCACAGCCUCUGCUUCAGCUGCGCCCACCGCAUCCUGGUGUCCAGCUGCUCCUCCAGCGAGUCCAUCGAGCCCAUCACCGCCUUCCAGUGCCCCACGUGCCGCUAUGUCAUCUCCCUCAACCACCGGGGCCUGGAGGGCCUCAAGAGGAAUGUGACCCUGCAGAACAUCAUCGACCGCUUCCAGAAGGCGUCCCUGAGCGGCCCCAACUCCCCCAGCGAGAGCCGCCGCGAGAGGACGUACCGCAACAGCCCUACCAUGUCUGUGGCCGGCGAGAGGAUCGCCUGCCAGUUCUGCGAGCAGGACCCGCCGCGGGACGCCGUCAAGACGUGCAUCACCUGCGAGGUGUCCUACUGCGACCGCUGCCUGCGCGCCACGCACCCCAACAAGAAGCCCUUCACCAGCCACCGCCUGGUGGAGCCCGUGCCCGACGCGCACUUCCGAGGACUCACGUGCCUGGAGCACGAGAACGAGAAGGUGAACAUGUACUGUGUUGCUGACGACCAGCUCAUCUGUGCCUUAUGUAAACUGGUGGGCCGCCACCGGGAUCACCAAGUGGCAUCCCUCAGCGACCGCUUCGAGAAGCUCAAGCAAACUCUGGAGACAAAUCUCACCAACCUGGUUAAACGCAACAGUGAACUGGAGAACCAGAUGGCCAAGCUGAUCCAGAUCUGCCAGCAAGUGGAGGUGAACACAGCCAUGCACGAGGCCAAGCUGAUGGAGGAGUGUGACGAGCUGAUGGAGAUCAUCCGCCAGCGCAAGCAGGUCAUCGCUGUCAAGAUCAAGGAGACAAAGGUGAUGAAGCUGCGCAAGCUGGCCCAGCAGGUCGCCAACUGCCGGCAGUGUCUGGAGCGCUCCACGGUCCUCAUCAACCAGGCAGAGCACAUCCUGAAGGAGAACGACCACGCACGGUUCCUGCAGACCGCCAGGAACGUGGCUGAGAGGGUCGCCAUGGCAACUGCAUCCUCUCAAGUUCUGAUACCAGAUAUCAAUUUUAAUGAUGCCUUUGAAAACUUUGCUUUAGAUUUUUCCAGAGAGAAGAAGUUGCUGGAGGGGCUGGAUUAUCUCACGGCCCCGAACCCGCCGUCGGUGCGGGAGGAGCUUUGCACGGCCUCCCACGACACCAUCACCGUGCACUGGAUCUCGGAGGACGAGUUCAGCGUCAACUCCUACGAGCUGCAGUACACCAUCUUCACCGGCCAAGCCAACUUCAUCAGCCUCUACAACUCCAUGGACAGCUGGAUGAUCGUCCCCAACAUCAAGCAGAACCACUACACGGUGCACGGGCUGCAGAGCGGCACCCGCUACAUCUUCCUGGUGAAAGCCAUCAACCAGGCGGGCAGCCGCAACAGCGAACCCGCCCGCCUCAAGACCAACAGUCAGCCUUUUAAGCUGGACCCCAAGAUGGCUCACAAGAAGUUGAAGAUCUCCAAUGACGGGCUGCAGAUGGAGAAGGACGAGAGCUCCUUGAAGAAGAGCCACACGCCUGAGAGGUUCAGCGGGACGGGGUGCUACGGCGCGGCCGGCAACGUCUUCAUCGACAGCGGCUGCCACUACUGGGAGGUGGUGGUGGGAUCCUCGACCUGGUACGCCAUCGGCGUGGCUUACAAGUCAGCCCCCAAGAACGAGUGGAUCGGGAAGAACUCCUCGUCUUGGGUCUUCUCCCGCUGCAACAACAACUUUGUGGUGAGGCACAACAACAAGGAGAUGCUGGUGGAGGUCCACCCGCAGAUGAAGCGCCUGGGCGUCCUCCUGGAUUACGACAACAACGCGCUCUCCUUCUACGACCCGGCCAACUCCCUCCACCUCCACACCUUCGAAGUCUCCUUCAUCCUGCCCGUGUGCCCGACCUUCACCAUCUGGAACAAAUCUUUGAUGAUCCUCUCGGGUCUGCCCGCCCCGGACUUCAUCGAUUACCCAGAGCAGCAGGAGUGUAACUGCAGGCCCCAGGAGUCCCCGUACGUAUCAGGGAUGAAAGCCUGUCACUAGGCUGCCCUGGCCCAGCCCGUGCCCCGCGCUGGCACCGGCCACGCCGGCGGUGCUGGCGGUGAGUUGGUCAGAGGCAGUGCCAGGAGCCGUGCCAAGAGCCACCACGGCGCCCACCGAGCCAGCGCCUGCCCACACGCUUUGGAGGGGAAAGAACUUCUGACCACGGCUGAAAAGAAACUCCUGCUGCUGAGCUCAUGCAGCACAGCUCAUGCGGCUCCUCGGUGAGGUGCUCCCGUCCUUCCCAAAGCAGAUUGUCACCGGGAUGGUUUUAUCUGCCUUUGGGGGUUGGAAGGGCUGGGGUGGGUGUCGGGGAGACCUGAGGUGCUGCCACGGUCAGGGGCUGCCUCACGUGUCCCUGGGUGGAACAGGAGGGAUUGGCUGUCUGGAACCCAUCGGUCACUUGUCCCGAGAGCUGGGUGGGACCUGAGCAUCGCUUUCUGGGGAGGAAAACUUUCUGUUUGGCUGAAGUUCAGCAGCUUCUGUGGUGGAACCCCUCACAUUUGGUGGGUGCCACGCUGGUUGUGUGCUGGAUGGUAGGUGGUUGUGAUGGUCUGCACUGAGGAUGGUCCCGCUGCCUUUCCCGGUCACGCAGUUGGGCCGGUUCCCUGGGCCUGAGUGGGCUUGCAGUCCCACAGCUGGCUGCAGGGCCCUCUCUUGCUUUGGUUCCUCCUUCAGGAGCUCACCAGGAGUCAGGUUGCCCCUCAGCCCUUAGACAAGCCAAGGCAUGUCUGGGCCCUGGCAGAGGUUUGGCAGAUGCUCCUCCCUGACACAGGGUCCAGCCGGCUGUGCCCCGACACAUGCAGCUUCACGUAGACCUCCAUUAGGCGCCUGUCUGGUGUCCCUGCAGAAAACAUCACACCUUUCUGCUCAGCAGAUGGUCAGGCCCUGCCCAGAGACCAUCUCUGUGCUUUAUGACCCAAAAUCUCAAUAUAUGACCCCAGAUCCCAGCCCUCCAUUUGCUCUCCACCAGGGUGGUGUGAGCGAGGAGCCGUCCUCUUUGCUCUGUGGCAAAGGACUGAAUCCAUCCUGAGGCUCCAGCCCCUGGGUGCUGGGAACUCUUCACCUGCUGCCAGUACUCCCAGUAACCACCAGCUCCAAGUCCCCUGGCUGAGCUGCUGUUUCCAUGUUUGCCUAAAAGCCAGGAGGAGCUGGGCCAGGCACAGCACUCCGUGUCAGAGGGAGCAAAGGCCCCCCUUGCAGCCAGGGCCUGGGGCAUGACGGGUGGCAGGUGGGUGUGCAGAUGCCCAUGUGGCACCCAGGGCAGGAGCAUGGCAUUUGGGGCUGCAGAGGGUGGCGAGGAAGUCGGGCAGCAGUGUGGCCCCAGACAGGCUGAUGCUUGAGCUUUGCUCCGCAGUGUUUGGCAACACCUUUUUCUGCCCUAGACGUGCUGCUGCCAGACACCUCAGUGGCAUUGCCUGGGAACUGUCAGGAUGAGACCUCCCAGCUCUGACAGCACUUUCCUUUCUGGUUUUGGACCUUGCUGAUCGGGAACUACCUCAAAGCACAGCCUUGGAGGGGUGGGUGGCUGGUUCAGACAGGAUGACAGUACUUUGAGGCUUGUCCCAUGGGGGCUGGAGGGGCUGGUUGAACUCAGCUGGACCAAUUUGGCACUGUCCAAAAGUGGGUGCUCCCUGCCAGCGACCUGGCCUGGGGAACACUUGCCAUGGGGUCUGGUGCUGGCAGCUGCCAGGCGAUAGCUCUGCCCAGGGAUAGCUCUGCCUGUUCCUCGGCACAGCGUCCCUCACUUCACCUGCCUGAGGUUACCUGCGAGAAGGGAGCGGGGUGUCGCCUGCGGGGAAGAGAUCCGCCUCCCUCUGCCAAGCUGAAGGGUGGGUUUGCCUCUGGUCGGGCUCCCGUCCGGGGCUUGCUGCGAGCAGUGUGUCCCUCUCGAGCGGGCAGAGCAGCGGCAGCAGCGCUGGGGAAGGGUCGCGCCGGCCGUUCCCCGCAGCCCAGCACACAGACACGACGCCUUGCCAGAGGAUAAGUUGCCAUUUUCAGUUGGAUGUUCUCUCAAAGCCGGUGGGGCUCUCACGAAAGCCCUCUCUGCUGUGCCGGUGCCGUCCGGGGCGGCUCAUGAAGUGUCAAACGCUCCCCCUCCGAGGCGCGGGGGUGGGGGGGCGGUGCGUGGCUGCGCUGCGGAACCCGAGCGCUGCCCACGGGCCCGGCCGCGGCCCGCUGACUGCGAGCGCGAGCCGUGAGCGUGACGUUUCUCCUGACGAAAUUGCACUAACCGCGGUGGGACCCCCCCGGCCCUCGACCCCGCCCGACCCCCGCGACCCCCGCCCGCUGCGGGGCCCGGCCGCGUCCCGCGGGCACACGGGGCCGGGGCGCGGCACAGCGCUCCCAUUGGCUGCGCCUGCGUGACGCAACGGCGGCCUCAGCCAAUCGGGGCCCGCGGCGCCGCGUUAGAAUGAGCGCGGUUCCCACGGUCCCGGCGCCGCCGCCGCGUGUCGCGCCCCGGGGGGUGCGGUGAGCUCCCGGGGACCGUGACACCCGCAGCCCUCCUCCCCGCCUGUCACGCACUCGUUUGGCUUUGGUUGGGGAGGGGCUGUUCUUCCUGCUCUGUUGGGUUUUUUUUCCCCUUUUUUGUUGAGUUGGGUUUUUUUUGCAACUUCUUUGUUAAUGUGUACAUAUAUAUAUAAAAAUAUAAUAUAAUAAUAUAUAUAUACGGUA